GCCAGCGUUCCCACAGCACCCGAUUGAUGCUGAUCGUCAGAUCCGGUCUAUUGCGGCGGGCUAGGCUGCGACAAACAAGGCCGUUGAAUACCAAGACAAAUCAGUGCGGCAUGUUUGCGUCUGGCUUUGAAAGAUACCGCCUUGUGUUGUGAUCCCUUAGAUUUGCCGUCAUCGCUCUUGCACCGUCUCACUCGUCUUUUUGGUUGUACUAACUUUUGGACAUCGGCGCGCCCAUCAACGCGAUCCGCUUUUCCGGUCUAGCUUCUUCUAGCUCCUUUGCUGACGUCUUCAGUCGACUGCCGAUAUUGAAGCAAGGAAUAAAUCACAAAAGCACCACCCCCCGCCUCCGACCAUUGAACGCGACAACUUCCAUCAAAUCAAAUCAAAUCUCAUUUGGUUCUGUCCUACGUACCCUAUCCGGACAAAUCCUGCAUCAGCCAAAUUCUACCCGCGCAAGCAGUCGCAUACUAGUCGCACACCUCAACCCGAAGAAACCGUCCCUUUGACGGCGACGUCCCCCUCUUCACACUACCGGACUUAAAUCAAGUCAAUUCUCGACCGAGCCUUCAUAAUGCAUCGCACGUUCUCCAUGCGCCAUUCCAGGGCGCCCACUGCAUCCCAGUUGCAGAACCCUCCGCCGCCUCCUUCAAGCACCAAAUCAGGCCGUAUAUUUGGGCGCGGCGCAUUCGGCCAUGCACUUCGCAGGAACGCAGCAGGCGCCUUCGGGCCUGACCUGGCUAAGAAGCUGUCGCAGCUGGUAAAGAUGGAGAAGAACGUUAUGCGCAGCCUAGAGCAAGUCGCCAGAGAGCGCAUGGAGGUGGCUCAACAACUAUCACUCUGGGGCGAGCAUGGCGACGAGGAUGUUUCAGAUGUGACCGACAAACUAGGCGUGCUUCUAUACGAGAUUGGCGAGCUUGAGGAUCAAUACGUCGAUCGCUAUGACCAAUACCGCCUGACUAUGAAGAGUAUCAGGAAUAUUGAGGCCUCAGUCCAGCCAAGUCGAGACCGCAAGCAAAAAAUCACCGACCAAAUCGCUCACCUCAAAUACAAGGAGCCCAACUCGCCCAAGAUUGUUGUUCUAGAGCAGGAACUUGUGCGUGCCGAGGCCGAGUCCCUGGUCGCUGAGGCCCAGUUGUCCAACAUCACCCGCGAAAAGAUUAAGGCCGCAUACGCAUACCAAUUCGAUGCCCUACGCGAGCACUCGGAAAAGGUUGCCAUCAUCGCCGGCUACGGAAAGCAUCUACUCGAGCUCAUCGACGACACACCAGUCACACCUGGAGAGACCCGUGCAGCCUAUGACGGCUACGAAGCGAGCAAGGCUAUCAUUCAGGACUGCGAAGAUGCACUCACCGGCUGGGUAACGCAGAACGCCGCCGUGAGCUCCAAGCUAUCGACCCGUGCACGAACAUUGUCGACGCGCAGGCGCAACCAUAUCAAGGCGCGUGCUGAAGGCGGCCAUGACCUGUCGGCACAGGAUGCUCCGCUCAACGAACAGGGUUCCUGGGUCCAGGGCUCAAACGUCCGUGGCCAAGACGAAUUUGACGAUGAUGAGGACGAGCUCGAGGAUGAACGUGAUAGCUCCAUCCUCGACAGCGAGAAUGGUCUUAAUGGCGAGCGCGAGCGUCGUGGAAGGUCCCAGGAAGCCGUUCUUGCCUAAUUGACCUAGAUGAAGGCUUAAAAACGCAAAUUCAAACGUGAUCAUGAUACGAGGCAGAGGUCCUCCUUUCGUUCAUCAUAAUAGGUAAUGAUCAAGCUAGGUGAUGACAGGAAUGGGCGUCAAAACAGCAGCUCAUGAGGAUGCUAGUUUGAUUCUCAGCGUUUUUUGUUUCUUGAUGAGAUAUAGUUCGAGGGUGUCAUCAUUAGGGGGGUAAAUGCAAGGUGCUGAUGGAUUGCUUUGCUUUUGUUGUUUUUGAUUUCGGUUGGAAUCGCUCCUAUCUUUUUAUCAACUUUAAAUGUUCUUCAUUAGUGUCUACCUGCAUAGGGUAAUUAUAUUAUUAGUCGUCAAGCGUAUUGUGUCUUCCUCAAACAGAAGCGUUGGUCAUCACUGA